CUGGCUAGCCUCUAAAUUCGACACGCCCUAACAUCGAGAUUAAUAGGGUACCGUGUUUAGACUUCGGUCGCCAUGGCGCCCGGGGUAGGAUUGACAAUCAGAGGGGCGCCUAAAUACCACAUCUCGGGGGUGAAGUUACGUUAUCUGGCAACAUUGACAUUUAAUGAUGUCAUCGCAAAUGUCAAAUGUUAAUUGGAUUAUUUUUCCUCUCCGCUGUUUUAUUAUUUGCGUCGACGAAUAAAUAGAGCAUUCUUAGAAAAUGUUUUUACUUGCGUUUAGCUGGAUGAUUCAUUAAGUACAAAUUUUGUAUUUAACUUACGUCUAAUUAUUAUACAUAUAUAUGACCUAAAACGUGUAGCACAAAAGUUUUUAAAUUGAAACGUUUUCCUUUACAUCUAUUUAUCUACCCACCACAUAUUAAAAAAUAAUUGGCAGAUAGCCGUUGCCUUCAAACUGAUUAGAAGGUCGCACAUGCGAUGUUAUUUUUCACUUUUUAGUUUAGUACAAACAUUUCUGUGGUUUUGAAGUCGGUUGUAUUUUUUUUUAUUAAAAAUGUUUAUCCAUUGGGUUUUGUUUGUUUUUAUUGAAAGGUACCCUGUAGAUUUUUCUGUACACCCGACAACCUAAAGAAAAUUUUGAUAGGUUGGAUUAAGCAUGAAAGCGUAACAAGUAAAAAUCAAACAAAUAACACACUUUCGAUAUAGAUAAUAAUAUAUGUAUACACGGGAAUUGAAAAAAGGCUGAGAAGUUUAAAAGAGAGAAGUUUAUAACAAAUAAAACUUCUUUAAUUACUUAAAAAAAAUAGAGAGUUGUCAAAAUUGUACAACAUUUCACAAAACCAGUCACGAUCCAAACAACACCCAAAAUUAAAUAAACCUUCAUAGCCAUAAUUCACAACACAAAAACAAUGUCUCAAACACAAGAAAGUCAACAAAAUAUUCCCAUCCAGGUGACAGAUGCUCUCGUCUUCGACAAUGCAUUCUCUGCUAUGAAGGACAGGUUUGCAGCACAUAUGAAAGAUAUUGAUGAAGAGAUGACCAAGAUAAGCAAAACUCUUCAAGGUCAAUUAAAUAGAAAUAGCUCUGGAACAACCACCACCAAAGAACCAGUCAACUUGGACUUUUUGUCCAACUCACCACUGGUCGAAGGCGAGGGAGAGAACAGGACACUGAGACUGCAGUACGACGUCAGCCAAUUUGAUGCAUCUGAGAUAACCGUAACCAUACAAGACAACGUACUCUUAGUGUUUGCAACUCACGAGGAGGCGACUGACAACAGCACAACUGUGACGGAGUUCCGCAGGGAGUUCCACUUUCCCCAAGGCGUCGACCCUAAAACCAUUGUAUCGCAGUUAUCAAAAGACGGUGUUUUAGUUAUCGAAGCACCUUUACCUACCACCACUGCAAAACAGUUAUUAACAAAAUAA